UUUUUUUUUCCAAAAGAAAAUCACAUAUUCUGCCACCCUUUAAGCUUUCUUCACCUUUUUUUUUUUGGAAUGGGGAAGAUCUGGAUUGAAGUUUGCAUAAUUUCUGCUCGAGGUCUCCGGCGUUCGUCCUCUUUUUGGAAGCUGCAGUGGUUUACAGUUGGAUGGAUCGAUCCCAACGACAAAUAUUGCACCAAGAUCGAUGCUUCCGGGAGUUCAAAUCCGGUAUGGAAAACCAAGUUUGCAGCUUUGGUUGAUGAGUCUAAUGUUGAGGACAUGGUGCUCCAUGUUGAAGUAUACAGUAGGGAGCCCAUUUUUCUGAGGGAAAGGAUUCAAGGGACUGCAACUGUUGCCUUGAAAGAAUUUCUGGCCAAAUAUAACAACAGUUCCGCCUCUUCAAGUGAAGAAGUAGGGAGCUACCAGUUACGCAAAGCAAAUUCCAACAAACCUCAAGGAUUUGUUGACAUCUCAAUUCGUGUCUCGGAGGAGAAGGAAAAUCCUGGUUCAUACACUGCAGGUAGUGAAGGAGGACUGGUUCUCAUGGACCAUAGAUCAGAUAUUCCUUUGUCUACUGGAGGAGGCUAUCCAGCAGCAGAGGCAACAUGGCCUCAGCCGAACAUGCCAUUCCCAUAUAAACAUCCACCGCCGUAUCCCACAAACAAUAACAACCAAUCUCUAGGGGUAGGCCAGUCUAGUUAUCCAUCAGCUUCUGGACACAGCCAUCGCCCACCACCUCCACCUCCCCCCCCACCCUCUAACGUUGGUUACAUUCCCAGUUUCCUCCCCAGAACAGAGAAUUAUAUCAACAUGCCAUCAUCUGUAGCUGCACCUGGACUAGGGCCAAGACCUGGUUUUGCAAUGGGAGUAGGGGCAGGGGCACUGGCGGCUGGUGCUGUGCUUUUUAGUGACGACUUCAUGUCAGGCUUUGAUGUUCCUGCGGGCUUCCAAGAUGCGAACCUCACCAUAUCCACCGACCCUCCUUUCUGAUCAGCACUGCCUUGCUGCCUGCAGCUGCAAUGUAAUGUAAUCCAGCACAUAUAUAUAUAUAUAUAUGAAAAU